CCGGUUGUGACCAUAAGGUGACAUCCACCAGUGGCACCAUCACCAGCCCCAACUGGCCUGACAAAUACCCAAGCAAAAAGGAGUGUACCUGGUCUAUCUCUAGCACUGCUGGGCACCGUGUCAAACUGACCUUCUCAGAGUUGGACAUUGAGUCCCAGCCAGAAUGUACCUAUGACCACCUGGAGGUAUAUGAUGGGCGUGAUGCCAAAGCCCCUGUCCUGGGCCGCUUCUGUGGGAGCAAGAAGCCUGAACCCGUCCUGGCCACUGGAAAUCGCAUGUUCCUGCGCUUCUUCUCUGACAACUCUGUCCAGAGAAAAGGUUUCCAGGCUUCCCAUUCCACAGGUGGGGGCCAGGACUUGGUUUAGAGGGAGUGGGUCUAGGGUCCAGCACCCUCAACCAUUUACUCCUUCCUCCAUUUGUUCAUUCUUUCAUUUAACCACUUUCUGUAGGGUAUUGCACUUGAUACUAUGAGAAAUGCCAGCUAUAACAACACAGGCUCUGACCUUCAAUAGCUCACAGCUUAAUCAAGGAACCAUAACACGUAUCUACACCUAAGAAAACAACUAAUGUACCAAAUAGCAAAUAAGGGCUAGAAUCAGUAAGUUUUUCUAAGGUUUCAGACAAGAAAAGGGUUCACUGGGUUGAAAUGAUCCCGGAAAGAAGUCAGGCCCCUGUAGGAUCAUGAGACAUUGGGGGAAGGCAAAGUAGUCCCUCUGUGCAUACAAAGGUAAGGGACUCUCAUGCUAGCCUUGCUGGAGCCAAUUCAGUCAGGUGGACAGAGUAAACAAUGAACGAUACCCUUGGUAGAAAUAGUAAGCACUAUGAGAGAAUUCAAGAGGGGACAUCUUUGUGGGCUGGGAUGUCAGGGAAGGCUUUCUGAAGGUAGCUGCUGGAGGUGAAAGGACUGACCUUGAAAUCUCUCUGCAGAGGGGGCCAGAAGGGUAUUGCUGCCAGUUAGCUGUGUGGAGGCAGGGGUGUUGCAUGAUCCCUACUGAGAGAUCGACUACUGAGUAGGUCUACAGUAGUCCCCAGUUGUUCAAGGUUGACCCUUUGCAGAGGCUUAAAAUGCCUACUUAAUAUGUGUACUGACUGAUUCACACAUAUGCUUUCCCCCUCUUCCCUUUGCAAUUUAGACCCCUCUCUCUCAUUUCCUUUUUGGGGGAUUUGUCACUUCUCUGCUCUCAGCCCUUUACCCUAUUUGCAUCAGCAGUGACUCGGUUUCUGGCUGUGCACAAGGGGAAAUCUGCCACAAGUAGCAAAGUGGUGGGGGGAGGGGAA